AACUGUUAACUCUGUCCCUGACCGUCGGCCUCUCUGACUCUGCAUAGAGAGAUAGAGAAAAUGAGGCCCCAGAUCGUGCUGUUUGGAGAUUCCAUAACGGAGCAGUCGUUCAGAUCAGCAGGAUGGGGAGCUGCUAUUGCUGACACUUAUUCUCGCAAGGCUGAUGUAGUGAAUCGUGGGUAUGGUGGGUACAAUACCAGAUGGGCUUUGUUCUUGCUGCAUCAACUUUUCCCUCUCGAUUCUACAAAACCUCCUGUUGCCGCAACGAUUUUCUUUGGGGCUAAUGAUGCAGCUCUUUUGGGGAGAACCAGUGAACGACAACAUGUUCCUGUUGAAGAGUACAAGGAGAAUCUCAGAAAAAUUGUUCAACAUUUGAAGGAAUGCUCCCCCACUAUGCUAGUUGUGCUUAUUACGCCACCGCCAAUUGAUGAGACUGGACGAAAAGAAUAUGCUCAAUCUGUAUAUGGAGAGAAAGCUACGGAACUGCCGGAAAGGACAAAUGAAGUGACAGAACUUUAUGCCAAGCAGUGCAUUGCUUUAGCUAAGGAAAUGGGCCUCCGCUCAAUUGAUCUAUGGUCAAAAAUGCAGGAAACAGAGGGUUGGCAGAAGAAAUUCCUAAGUGAUGGGUUGCAUCUGACACCAGAAGGCAAUGCAAUGGUAUACCAAGAAGUCAUAAGAGUGUUCUACGAGGCAUGGCUUUCUGCUGGAGAAAUGCCAUAUGAUUUCCCUCAUCACUCAGAAAUUGAUGGGAAUAACCCUGAGAAAGCAUUCCAUCAACAAUGCUUAUGAUCUUACUAUCUGUGACACUUCAUAUUUGUUUUCAUUUUACUCUUGGGUUAAAGAUGGGUUUCUUGCUUAACCCAAAAAUAAAUAAAUAAAUAACAAAAAACAAAAGAUAGUGUGUAUCUUGAUUUCCCCAGAUAAAUAAGAUCAUUGCUCUGUUUGGUGGUUGCACCGUCGGGCAGUUUUUGGCAAAAAGUUUUAGGUUUUUUGCCACUGGGAUUGAUCAUGCAUAUAUUGUAAAUAAGAGAUUCCUUAAUCUUC